CAGAUGACUGGAUUUCGAAACAAGCGCAUGUUCUACACAAAGGUUUUUUUUUCGACCUCACCCCGUCCGCCAUUGUCUUCAGUUUUGUGACCGAGUCGACAUCUUGCGAGCAUUCUUGGGACUGACCGGGUGCUACCUAGCUCAGACAAAGAUUUAGCGAUGUUUUCCUACAUUGUUUUCGCAGGGUUGUUGUGCACCGCCUUGGCUCAGCUUCACUCCACGUGCCACACUAAUGCUCAGGAGUUAAAGGAGGAAGAAGUCGUUGCCCUGGUAGCCGAUAUUGUAGACCGCAACCAAGACAAUGUCAUCACAACCGCAGAAGUUGUCAUCGGCUUUGGUGACAUUCUGGGAUAUCAGUUCUCAAUGGCAGAGUCGUUGAUGUUGUCGUUCAGUACACAGCAGUUGCUGGCCCUGGCAGCUCAGGUGGGAAUCCUGAUUGACCGAGAACACUUCGUCCAGAAAUGGACUGAACGCUUCGGCGACUCUGCGGCCUUUGCCAGAGCAACCUUUGAUGCUUACGAUGAAAACAAGGACGGGCAGCUCAGUGCCCUGGAGCUGGAACACAUCCUGAAACACGUGUACCACGUGUCAGAUAACGGGGACGGCAUCCUGACUGCCAGGGAGUUCAGGGAGUACCUCCUUUACGUCUACAAGGCUUGUUGAUCUCUGGAAGAGAAAUGCUUUUCAAGCAAAGGACUGGACGAGGUUUAAAACAAGGUCAACAUUUGACAAGAAGAUUCCAAUGAUGAUGGGUUUAAGUACAGCAGCACUGUAUCCAUCAGGAACAAAAAAGAAAUUUGUUAAUUAUCUAAAUACACAUCUAAAUGAAUAUU